CCAGAGCAUGUGAGAACAGACUGACACAUCUGAGCCAGCGAAGAAAAAGCAACAACUGAGGCAGAUUCCAAGAGCAGGGAGAAGCAAGGGAUUUUCUCGCAGUUUCUCCGCAGCUGUGGGAAGGAGAAGAGCGCCGUCUUCACUCCCUCCUCGUCGCUGCUCUCAGCUGUGCUGGAUCUCCCUCCCUCCCUCAGCCUAUCGGGGUAACACCAGAGACUGGAAAAUGCAGGAGACGGCGUGUGAAAGAAUGGAAAGAUGACCGGCGACGGGGCUGCAUGUGAGGUUGGCUCUCAUGUGUUUGUGCGUGUAGGAGGACCGGAGCUCCUGCUGGCAGAUGGAAUCAGGUCUGGCCCGUUGGCAUGGAGAUGGAUGCAAGGUGCCUUCUGGUGCGGUAGACGGUUGCUAGUCCACAAACAGCAUCUUGAAUCUCGUCGUCCUCCGAGCCCUGCAGCCUCGGGCGCAGGCAGGCUGCUUUUUUGGGGUUCCUGUUGUUCCAAAAUGAGUGUUAUCUUACUCUGCUGAACAAAGUUUCUUCAUUGUUGCCUCCUCACAGGCACAUGUAAACUCCCCAUAAAGAAUCCGACUCUCCAGAUGAGCUUUCUUCAGACAUCUCAAUUCUGCUUUCACCAAGCUGCUGCUGUUUACCUUUUGCCUUCCGUUAGUGUUUCUCUCUAUCCAGCCCCUGAGGCCCCAUUGUCAUUAUUAAUCUCCAUGCAAGCUGACUAUGAAUAAUAGAAUGAGUGGAGUCUGAACCUGUGCCUUAAGGCAUGGCAGAUGCACAAACAAGAAAGAAGGAGAAAAGCGGACGCAUAAUUGAAGGAGCCGCAAACGCAGGCCAAGCUCCGGUACCGAACCGUCCUCUGACCACAGAGAAUGAGGCUUUUCGCGUUUCCACAAGCUGUACGACAAGAGGAAGAAUGGAAACAAGAGUGAUAGUGUGAAGUCAAAACUUCAACUGUAAGAUUUCCACCAGGAAAGCCACUCACUGAACUGAAGCCUGCACAGAAAUCCUCAAAGGAAAAACUCCUUUACAGCGUUGAAACAAGAGCAGAGAACAAUCUGUCAAGAGGGAGAUCGCUUUAGUGUCUGACAGCUGAUGGACAAAGACAGAAGAGGAAGCUGUGAUGUAGCUUCUCCCAUGUGGAUAGACUUGAAACAGAAAGUGCCUGAGCUUUUGUAGGUUUGUAAACAAACAGCAGACAAGAAAAGAUACCUGAGCUCACGUGUUGCCAUGGAUGACUCCAGUAUUCUGCGGCGCAGAGGGCUACAGAAGGAGCUGAGCCUUCCAAGAAGAGGCAGUUUCUGCCGAGCGAGCAACAGGAAGAGCCUGAUCGUGACGUCCAGCACCUCCCCCACCCUGCCACGACCACACUCGCCUCUGCACGGACACACAGGCACCAGCCCACUGGACAGCCCUCGCAACUUCUCCCCGAACACAGCCGCCCACUUCUCCUUUGUUCCUGCACGCAGUCAUGGACACAGAGCCGACAGGACGGAUGGCAGGCGCUGGUCUCUGGCCUCAUUGCCCUCCUCUGGAUAUGGCACCAACACCCCCAGCUCCACCGUCUCGUCCUCCUGUUCAUCUCAGGAGAAGCUGCAUCAGCUGCCCUUCCAGCCCACGCCGGACGAGCUGCACUUCCUCACCAAGCACUUCAGCUCCGAGAGCAUCACCGACGAGGAGGGCCGCUGCUCCCCCGCCAUGAGACCGCGCUCCCGCAGCCUCAGCCCCGGGCGCUCACCUGUGUCCUUCGACCAUGAGAUCAUGAUGAUGAACCAUGUGUACAAGGAGAGGUUUCCCAAGGCGACGGCUCAAAUGGAGGAGCGUCUGGCCGAACUGCUCGCCUCGUCGGCCCCGGAAAAGGUCUGCCCGCUGGCUGAUGGGGUCCUGAGCUUCAUUCACCACCAGCUGAUAGAGCUGUCCAGAGACUGCCUGGAGAAAAGCAGAGAGGACCUCAUCACCUCCCGCUACUUCUACGAGCUCCAGGAGAAUCUGGAGAAGCUGCUGCAGGACGCCCACGAGCGCUCAGAGAGCGUGGAAGUGACCUUCGUCACUCAGCUCAUCAAGAAGCUGAUGAUCAUCAUCGCCCGGCCGGCGCGUCUCCUGGAAUGUCUGGAGUUCGACCCCGAAGAAUUUUACCACUUGUUGGAGGCAGCUGAAGGUCAUGCGAAGGAAGGUCAGGGCAUCAAGUCCGACAUCCCUCGAUACAUCAUCAGUCAGUUGGGUCUCACCAGGGACCCUCUGGAAGAAAUGACACAGCUGAGCAGCUACGACAGCGGAAACCCAGAAACGCCAGAAACAGACGACUCAACUGAUGGUCGAGGGACCACAUUGCCUGCAGCGCCACCACAGACCAAAAUCAAAACCCCUCGAGAAGAAGACUUUGAAAACAUCAAGCUCAUCAGUAAUGGAGCAUAUGGUGCCGUUUAUCUCGUACGACACAAAGAAACAAGGCAGCGGUUUGCCAUGAAGAAGAUCAACAAGCAGAACCUGAUCCUGAGGAACCAGAUCCAGCAGGCCUUUGUGGAGCGAGACAUCCUAACGUUUGCAGAAAACCCCUUUGUGGUCUCAAUGUUCUGCUCCUUUGAGACCAGGAGACACCUCUGCAUGGUGAUGGAGUACGUGGAGGGUGGAGACUGCGCUACACUGCUGAAGAAUAUCGGAGCACUUCCAGUCGACAUGGCUCGGAUGUACUUUGCUGAGACCGUCCUUGCGUUGGAGUAUCUUCACAACUAUGGCAUCGUGCAUAGAGACCUUAAACCUGACAAUCUCCUCAUCACCUCUCUUGGUCACAUCAAGCUGACUGACUUUGGCCUCUCCAAGAUUGGUCUGAUGAGUUUGACCACAAAUCUUUAUGAAGGCCACAUUGAGAAAGACACUAGAGAGUUUCUGGAUAAACAGGUUUGUGGAACUCCAGAGUACAUCGCCCCGGAGGUGAUCCUCCGUCAGGGCUACGGGAAGCCAGUGGACUGGUGGGCCAUGGGGGUCAUCCUCUAUGAAUUCCUGGUGGGCUGCGCUCCUUUCUUUGGCGACACACCUGAAGAGCUGUUUGGUCAGGUGAUCAGUGAUGAGAUCGUGUGGCCGGAGGAGGACGAAGCUCUGCCUCAUGACGCUCAGGACCUCAUCUCAAAGCUGCUAAGGCAGAACCCUCUGGAAAGACUGGGCACAGGAGGAGCGUUUGAGGUGAAGCAGCACGCCUUCUUCACAGAUCUGGACUGGAACGGCCUGCUGAGGCAGAAAGCAGAGUUUAUUCCUCAGCUGGAGUCCGAGGACGACACCAGUUACUUUGACACCCGCUCUGAUCGGUACCACCAUGUGGACUCUGAGGAGGAGGAAGACACCAAUGAUGACGAGCACGUGGAGCUCCGACAGUUCUCUUCCUGCUCGCCUCGCUUCAGCAAGGUUUACAGCAGUAUGGAACGUCUGUCUUUGCAUGAGGAGAAGAGGACUCCUCCUCCCACCAAGCGCAGCCUUAGCGAGGAAGGAGGAGACCGCGUGGACAGUCUGAGUGGACUCAAGUCCAGAGAUCGGUCCUGGCUGGUGGGAUCUCCAGAGAUUCUGAGGAAGCGCCUGUCAGUAUCAGAAUCCUCACACACAGAGAGCGACUCGAGUCCACCGCUGACGGUCCGGAGACGCUGCUGCUCCGCCAUCAUCGAGAUGCCGCGCUUCGCUAUCUCCUCUGAGGAGGAAGGAGGGUCAGGUGGAGCUGGCAGUCGGAAGAGUCCCGGCCUGCUGGGCCCGAAUGCGGUGAGAGGCCCGCGAAGCGAGGAGCUGCCGCUCGCCAUCCCAGAGCUGCCGGUGGAGAGAGAGCUGAAGCUGGAAGAGUCGCCCACCACACCAAGCUCCACCUGCAGCCAGCAGAGCAAAGCUACACUCACACCGAGCAGCUCAUCUGAAGUGACUGAACGAGCCAAUGGCGCUGCGAGCGCCGGGGCCAAAUCUUCAGCAGAGAGCGACUCUCCGUCUACCCCCAAGGCCAUCAGCGACCUAGCAGCUCGCCGAGCUCGCCACCGUCUGCUGUCUGGAGAUUCAGACAAGCACACGACCCCCAGCUCCAGACCGCUCAAUAAGGUCAUCAAGUCUGCUUCUGCCACCACACUGUCGCUGAUGAUCCCUGCAGACCAUCACGGAGCCUCGCCGUUGGCCAGCCCCAUGUCUCCGCACUCGCAGUCGUCCAAUCCUUCCUCCCGGGACUCCUCUCCGAGUCGCGACUUGUCUCCAGCGGUGAUUAGCGUCAAACCCGCCAUCACCAUCCACAGAGCAGGGAAGAAAUACGGAUUCACCCUCAGAGCCAUCCGGGUCUACAUGGGAGACACCGACAUCUACACUGUGCACCACAUGGUCUGGCAUGUAGAGGAGGGAGGACCUGCACACGAAGCAGGACUCAGAGAAGGGGACCUGAUCACCCAUGUCAAUGGCGAGCCGGUCCACGGUUUGGUUCACACAGAAGUGGUGGAGCUCAUCCUGAAGAGCGGAGCCAAAGUGUCCAUCGCUGCCACCCCGUUUGAAAACACCUCAAUCAAAGUCGGCCCCGCUCGGAAAACGAGCCACAAGUCAAAGAUGGCGAGACGCAACAAGAAGACGAAGAACAAGGAAGGACAGGACAGUAAGAAGAGGACGUCUCUGUUCAGGAAAAUCACCAAGCAGGCGUCUCUGCUGCACACCAGCCGCAGCCUGUCGUCCUUAAACCGCUCGCUGUCAUCGGGGGAGAGCGGCCCCGGGUCUCCAACCCACAACCUGUCACCACGGAGCCCAACGCAAGGCUACAGGUCAACCCCUGACUCCGCCCACUCAGUUGGAGGAAACUCCUCUCAGAGCAGCUCCCCGAGCUCCAGUGUUCCCAACUCCCCAGCAAGCUCCGGCCACAUCCGGCCCAGCUCCCUGCACGGCCUCGCCCCCAAGCUCCAGCGCCAGUACCGCUCCCCGCGACGCAAGUCAGCCGGCAACAUUCCCCUGUCCCCGCUGGCCCGCACGCCCUCACCGACCCCUCAGAGCAGCUCGCCACAGCGCUCUCCCUCACCCCUCCCCAACCACGCUCUGGGCCAGUCCGCGGCAGGGUCGUCUUUCCCCGUGAAGCUCCACUCCUCCCCCCCUCUAGUGAGACAAAUAUCCAGGCCCAAGAGCGCAGAGCCUCCGCGCUCUCCGCUCCUCAAGAGGGUGCAGUCGGCCGAGAAGCUCGCCACCUCUCUCUCCAGCUCCCCCUCGUCUCCCGCCGGGGUGGGGGCUGCAGUGGGGAGCCGCAAACACAGUCUGGACAUCUCCCACUCGGACUUUAAGAAGGAGAUUCUGCAGAGAGAACCGAGUCUACAGAGCCUUCAGGAGUCCGCCGGCGAGGCUCUGUUGUCCUCGGCAGGACGCUGCAUCGAGAAGGGCAGCCUGCAGAAGCACUCCUCCUCCUCCAGGAAGUUAGGACGGCAGGAAGGGGACUCUGCUCUGGGCUCGGUGUCCGGCGCUCUCGGCCUGACGUCCGGGAAGAGCAAGCUGAAGGACAAGCUGUCGGCCAUUCGCCAGGACAGAGCCGAGCGCCGGGAGUCGCUGCAGAAGCAGGACGCCAUCCACGAGGUCGACUCCUCCGAGGACGAGACAGACGAGGGCUCUGAGGACAGCCAAGAUGGACGCAGGGGGACCACCUUCACCCCUCCCCCACUGCUAAGGCCCACCACUGUUAGGACGGGUCCUGGGGGCACCCUGCCCUCCCUUUGCCUCUCCCCCUCCACCCCGCACGCCACAUUCUCCCACACCGGGCCCUCAGUGGUCAGCAGGCCUGCCCCCUCGCUUCCAGAGGUGAAACCCAGCCAGAGCCCCCCCUCCGCAGGAGAAAAAGAUAGAGGUUCCUCUUCGUCUGUGGUGGGAUGGACAGCGCAGGAUAAGAAGGGUCCAGAACCAGGCUGUUCUACAAAACCCGGCAAGGCUCCCCUCUCUUUCUCCACUCCUGGUAGCGCCUUCAUCUCCGUCAGCAAGGACUCCCUCAAAGCCACCCCCCCAGUGGACUCAAAGAGCCUCAAAGCCGAUGAGCAAGACAGCUCGAGAACCACGGCCCCUUCUACGCAGAGCGCCUCAGGUUCCCCCGACUCCAAAACCUCCGGCGGCGCAGAGAGCCGGGACGCCUCCCGCUCCUCCUGCUCCUCCCCAGGAAUCCCCAAAGAGAAGAAGGAGGCAGACAACCGGAGACUCUGCGCCGCUGUGGCUGCUGCAACUCAGGGUGGCUCCUCUCUGUCUAGCUCCGCCUCAAGCUCCUCUGCUCCGCCCACUGAGAGCAGCGUGGACAAAGUAGUGUCCCAGCUUGCAACAGUAGCCAAGAGCGUGCUGAGCCCUGUCAUGCUGGGCUCAUCUGUAGACAGAAGUCAGAAACCCAAAGGAGGUCCUGCGAUCGCUCCUCCCUCUCACCCCCUCCCCGCCGCCCCCCUACAGGUGGACGAUUCUCCGUUGCCUCACAGUUCCCCGACUCGGCAGAGGACUGAGCGCGGCGCGUCUGUGAACCAAUCCUCCGGCGGCUCCCUCAGCACAGGCCCCGCCCCCUCCUCAGCGCCUCAGUCCCUGCAGGGGCGCUCCGACCCCCCCACAGCGUCCAACGCCACUAGCACAGCGUCCGCCUCCUCUCAGCCGGGAAAAGCGAGCAGCAAGAAGACAUAGCAGAAACUGUCCCGACAUAAUGCAGAGGAAACGCCGCUCAGUGCUGUUCAGAGUUCCAAACUCACACAACGCUGCAUGCUCAGAAGAAACCCACUCGUGCUCCAAUCAGCGGGCAGAGAGCCAGCACGAGGGCUGCAGCCACUUCCUGUUUCAGACUAAACAUUCACCUUGUUUUGCUGCAAACAUGUGCGGGGCUGCAAACACAAAGAGCUCAGAAACCUUCCUCAUGGGGUCAGGAAGUGUCCUAAUGAAUGCACCUCUCCUCCUCACCGCAGAUUUCAGGUGUUUUCCCUGAGCGCAGACUGCAGGUGCAGUCCAAACACUGAGGUUAGUUUCUAGAAGAAUCCCCUCAUCUGCAGGUGCAUAAAGCCUCAUUUUCCUCAAAGGUCUGACAAUUGAAGGCUAAAACAUCUCAAUAAAACGUUUAAAUAACAAAUGCAGCCUGAAAUUAUCUCUAACCUCCACCAGGGGGCAGCUCCUCUGUUCUUAUAAUUGAUUUUGGUCAAAUUAAACACUUUCAUUCUCAAUUCAUCUCCAUUUAGGAGUGAGGAUUAAAACGCGGAGGAGUUACACUGUGAUUGACAGACUUUUAUCCAAUAGGAAAAGAGGAGCAACUCCUUCUCUGGAGUCCUUUAAUAUUAAAAUAAAAGCUUAUGCUUUUAUUAAGUCAAAGUAGAAAAAUGUCAUCCAUCUCAGCUGCUCCUUCACUUACUUGAUGGAAAGAAACCCAAACGGAUCAGAGUUUGAACUGACAAAAGCUUUGUGUUUGCAGCCUCCACCAGCCUCUGCUGCAGCUUCAGUUUGGACCAACUAGCUGUGUUUUUAUCAGUGAAGUUUUCACUUUACUUUGUGUGUUUAGAAGAGAGCAAUUGUGUGGUCAUCUGUGUGUGUGUGCAGGACGGUGAUAAAAACAUCACUUUUCUCUAUAUUUGUCAGAUCCAGACUCUGUUGUCAUCUGCUAAAGUCUGGUUGUUUAAAGACGGAUCAGCCGUUUUGUCACAGGACUGUGUGUUCAAGUGUAGCUGUGUAUCUGUUUUAUACCCAGAGUGUGUGUGUGCGUGCGCGUGUGUGUGUUUUGGAUUUUAGGCGCUCUGCUCCUGCCUGUGUCAAACUUCUGCACAAACGUUGAUCUCCUCUGUGUCGUCCUACAUUUUUGUUUGCUCGGUUUUCGUCCCGACUGCUGCUCCUCCCCGAAAGGAAAUGCCGUUUCCUGCAGUUUAGAAUUCAGCUUCUGCCGUCGAGGAAAUAAUAGUUUUGAGUUGAAGCUCGCCAACUCCGAACCGACUUUGAAGCGGAUUCCGUUUCAUGUUUACAUUUGUUCUCUGUGUGUGUCUCGCCGUCGGUGGGUCUUGUUGCCGGUAGCGACCGCGGCUCCUCCAGCGGGCGAGUCAGUCAGCGAGGACGAUGAGGGUGUUGAUGAGGAAGACUUGUCAGUGGAGAAAGUGCGCCGCCUCCUCCUCAUUGUAGAUCUUCACAGCCGACUCUUUGAGCUGCACGGAAGCAGAAGGAAGACAGGUCAACUCUCCAAAGAAGAUGUUAGGAGGUCACGCCAUGACCAGAUGUUCAGGUAAAGUCAGCUCCCAUUGGCACCGCAGUCACACACAAGUUCUUUUCCUCUCUAGUGUAAAUACAUCACUGUGUGUUUAGUGUUUACCCUACAAGAAAUGACACAGGAGUCCAGAAAUUAGUCCUCCAGUGUCGGUCCUGAAACCCCUCAGAGAUCCACGUGUGCUUCUAAACAACUCCACACCUAAGUUGUACUCACCUCCAAACCAACACAAGCCAAAGGUCGUUUCUCACUCGUCUGUCUGUUUUGGGACUGAAAUCCUCCUGUAACGAGUCAAACGUCUGAUCCUCGACUCCAAAAUAAGAAAGGACAUUCAAAAUCGAAAAAAUGGGUGAAGAAGAUCCUGGAUUCAGUUAAAAAGCUUUAAAACAAAAAGUGAAACAGACAGAAUCGCUGCAGACAGUGAACACAUACUAUGGAAACGUCACUAAAUUCAUUUUUUUAAUUAUUAUGGUGAAGGUAAACCCGUCCGGUUUUUAGCGGGAUAUUUGAUGUCGGGGCGUCUUCAGGAGCUGCUGUCUGUGAGGCACAAACGCGACAGGGUCAUGUGACGCGAAGGUGCGGCCAGGUACGAGGUCUCAGCAAGGGCGACCGGAGUUUUCAGCAGACUUGAACCGACUCGACCCCUGCAGGCGAGUCAGAGUGUCUGAGUGAGGAAGAGGAGGACGAAGGCUGGGAAGCAGAGGAUCCAUGGCUAGAGUUAAACCAGUGCAAUAUCUUUUUAUUGUGGUAAAGCAUGUUGUUGUCAAUCUUACCUUACAACAAUAAUAAAGUGUUUUUUUUAA